UCACUUUGCUUGACCUUAAAAAUCUCGUUUUUUCCUCAAAUCGAACACGAACACGCUAUCUACACUAUACCGAUUCAUUUCCUUAUUCUUCUUCGAAAUUUCCUUCUCCAUCUCAUCCGUCUCAGAGACUCAAGAGUUUACGAUUACUUCGAAACAGAGGAACCAGAAUCAGCCAUAGUUGCAGAAAGAUGGAGAACAACCAACAGUCGUUUUGGCAGUUCAGUGAUCAGCUCCGAUUGCAAUCGACUAACUUGGCUAAUCUGUCGAUCAACGAUAGUAUAUGGGGGAAUUCGUUUACGACGAAGAGGCCUGAAGAAAGAAAGAAUUUUGAUAUCAGGGUAGGCGGUAAUCGUGCUUCUUCCAUCGACAACAAUCUAAAACCGAAUGGAUCGAAUUUAAAUGGCUUCAAUGAUGACUGGAAGAUGGGAAGAGGGUCGAACUUCAAUGGGUUCAACAACGGCUGGAAGAUCGGGAAUGGUUUCAAUGGAGUUCUGGGCGGAGGAGGAGGAAUUCCGAAGAACGUCGGUGUUAAUGGCAUCUUCGAUAAAGGUAUUUAUCCAAAGCCCAUCAUAGACAACAAGAACAUUAACAGUAACAAGAUCAACAUCAACAUCAACCCCAACAGUAGCAAGGGUAAGGGCACCAAGGAGGAAGAUCUCGAUGGAAAAGGAGGAAAAAAGAUUAACAACAAUAAUAGCAGCAGCAAGAACAGUACUGACAAGAAAUUUAAGACGCUUCCACCAUCGGAGUCUCUGCCUCGGAACGAGACCAUAGGUGGUUAUAUCUUUGUCUGCAACAACGAGACCAUGCAGGAGAAUCUCCAAAGGCUGCUCUUUGGUCUUCCUCCGCGGUACCGAGAUUCUGUGAGAGCUAUAACCCCGGGAUUACCACUCUUCCUGUACAACUAUUCCACCCACCAACUCCAUGGAAUUUUUGAGGCUGCGAGUUUUGGGGGAACUAACAUCGAUCCAACGGCCUGGGAGGACAAAAAGUGUCCUGGUGAAUCGCGUUUCCCUGCUCAGGUACGAGUUGUUACAAGAAAGAAUUGUGAUCCAAUAGAGGAAGAUGCUUUCAGACCCAUCCUUCACCAUUAUGAUGGCCCCAAGUUCCGCUUAGAACUCAACGUUCCUGAGGCACUUGCUCUCUUGGAUAUUUUUGCAGAGAACAAGGCCUGAACGAUGAGGCCGACAGACAACAUACCUAUGGAGAUACUAUUAAGUAUAUAAAAAGUUGAAGAAAAAAGAGAAUAAAAGAGAGAGAGGAGAGGGAAUCUUUGAAUACUAACUUUGGGUUGCAGAGCAAAGAUUUUAGAGUUAAAAGCGACGAAAGGAUUGUUUGUUUGAUACUGAGACUCUGAAAUGUUUGUGUAUUUGUAAUCCUCUGUUUUGGCAUAAAUAAGAAUAAAAUAUAUAUAAUACGUAGAAACUA